CCACCCCUCAAAGCCGCGCGUUUGGUUGCACACAGGCUGCAGUUUCAGUUUGUUUUAUUCACCAUUUUGUGUAGCUGAAGGUACAAAAUUAAGAAUAUUUGCGUUUGGAGGACAAGCCGCUGUCGUCCUUUUUAUUUUCAGGCGCUAGCUCGGACGGUGGAGUCGUGCGUCAGUCUCGCUCCCCUCGGUGUUUUGCAGAGCGGGAAUCUAUAUUUCUUUCCCCCCCCUGUGCUUUUUUUCUUCUCCCCCCUUUCUUACAUCCUUAACCUCUACAGUAUUCCUGCAAAAUGUCAAGACCCGUGAGGAACAGGAAAGUGGUGAACUACUCACAAUUCAACGAGUCUGACGAUGCAGAUGAGGAGUAUGGUGAUAAUAAGCCGAAGAAGGUGCGCACAGCCCCUCGUGAGCCCAAGCACAAGCGCUCAAAGAACUCGCAGGAUGACAGUGAGGAGUCUGAUGAAAAGCUCUCUAAAUCCAAAAAUGAUUCAGCAGAUGACUUUGGCAGCGAGGAAGAAGACAACGACUUUGGAGAGGAGGAGGAUGAAGAUGGAGGAAGCGACUAUGAAGAAAAAAAAGGGAAAAAGGGAAAGAAAGCCAAGGUGGAGAAGCCCCCCAAGAGAGGGCCAAAGAGGAAACGGGCUACAGAUGACAGUGAUGACGACAAGGAAGUGAGUCGAAAGCGCACAGUGCGCCAGGCGGCUUCCAAGGCAGUGUCCAAACAGAGGGAGAUCCUGCUGGGGGACGGAGGCAGCGAGGAUGAGGAGCAUGAAGAACAAGAGGAACCUUACAUGGACCCCGAUGAGUCUGGCAGCGAUGAGGACUUCAUGGUGGAGGACGAUGAUGACAGUGACUAUGGUCGCUCUAAGAAGAGAAGCAAGAAGGUGAUUCGACGGGGACGGCCAGACAAGAAAGAGAAGAAAAGCCCCAAACCCCGACUAAAGGCCACAGUGACACCCAGCCCAAUUAAAGGAAAGGGGAAGGGGCGCCCCAGCGCCAAGGCCCUGGAGAAGAGCUCACCCAAAGAGGAGGAGGAGGAGGACCCCGAGAGUCCCCUGGAGGAGGAAGAGGAGGAGGUUGAGAAGAAAGAGACCUCCCCUGCCCCCAAAACGACAAAGGAGGCCGCAGGAGGAGAGGAGGAGGAGGAAGAUGAAGAGGAGGAGGAUGGCUCAGAAGAGGAGGCACCCUCUGGAGAAGACUAGAAGAUGGUACCUGUUUGACGCCCAUCCUCCACGUCUCUCUCUCCGUCUCUUUUUUGCUUUUUUCAGUUUUUUGUUGUUUUUUUCCUCCUGGUGGCCUGGCUCAAUAGUUUGGACUUGGUGUGCUUUUUCUUGUUUGCCCCACCCCUACCCUGCACCCCAACUCAGAAAUUGUGCUCAUGUAAUCAUUUAUUGACAGUCAGCCCCUCCCUCCCUCUGUGUUCAUCAAUUCUUUCCUGGGUUUUAGUUUUAAAAACUCAGUCUCUGAGUUUCUGCCUUUUGAAGAGCUCAGUGCUUGUGAGCAUCCGUCCUGAUUGUGAACUCACAAGUUCACCAGUGUUUCUUUUACCCCUCUUCUAGGAUCAUCUGUGACAACUGGCCACACUAUAUUUUCCCUGUUCACUUUACUGAUAUAUCACUGGGAGUAUUCAGAGUUCCCCAGUAUCAGAAACUAGAGCGCUGUAUUUAAAAAGUCCACACACACACACACACACACACACACACACACACACACACACACACUUCCACACACACACACACACACACAGGGUUGAAGCCUU